AUGGCCUUCGUCUACUACAUCUGCGAUUGGGCGCAUACGUUCGAAUGGGAGGUCGCCUACAUGUGGGAGAAGGGCAACUGGUCCUUGAUCAAGGUUGCCUACUUCCUUGCUCGGUAUACGGGGUUGGUGGAUUGGCCUUUGAUAUUUAUUUAUAACCAUGCCUCUGAGUUGACACCAAAAGAGUGCAACACGUUAUUUUAUGCGGCGAUACUGAUAGGAUUGGGGGGAUCGGGGUUUGGCGAAACUCUCAUGUUUCUCCGGGUAUACGUCCUCUCUGGAUGCUCGAAAAAGAUGGGCCUCUAUCUGGUCUUUCAUUUCUACGUUACUCUUCCUAGGAAUGAUAUUUACGUUCUUGAUUCUCUCCCUGAAGUCGUUGAAGGAGUAUUGGAUUAUGUUUCUAUGGCUUCAGCGAACGUUAAAGGCAACACUCUCGACCCGCGUCGUUUUGAAGAUGAGAGAGACCGCGAAGAGGAGUUUGCAUAUGCGAGGGAGUAA